GGCAGUCCCUGAGGUGUCCCGCACCGCGCCCUCUCGCCUCCUCCUGCCGUCUCCUCGCCGCGUCGCCGCCUCCGCCGCCGCCGCCAUGAACAAGUACUUCCCCGGGCUGGGCCGCGUGGAGUACCGCCCCGACGCGGGCCCCGAAGAGACGCUGGUGUUCCGCCACUACAAUGCCAGCGAGACCGUGCACGGGCGCCCCAUGGAGGAGUGGCUGCGCUUCUCCGUGUGCUACUUCAACACCUUCAGGUACCUGGGGCAGGAGGGCCACUUCGGGGACUCCACCCACCAGUACCCCUUCGAGGAGGGGCCGCACUCCUUCGACAAGUACAAGCGGCGCCUCGUGGCGGCCUUCGAGUUCUUCCACAAGCUGGGCGUCAAGUACUACUCGGUGAGUGACCGGGACCUGGCCCCCGAGGGCGACAACUUUGACGACACUGGGUCGCACCUGGAGGAGGCCGUGUCGCUCGCCGCGGACCUGCAGAAGCAGACUGGCGUGCGCCCGCUGUACUUCGGCUGCGACCUGUUCUCGCACCCGCGCUACAUGCACGGCGCCGCCGCCAACCCCGACGCCCACGUGUUCGCGUACGCGUGCGCGCAGGUGAAGCGCGGCCUGGAGGCGGCGAAGCGCCUGGGUGCCGAGAACUUCGUGUUCUUCCACCCCCGCGACGGGUACGAGAGCCUCCUGCAGCGCCAGCCUCUGCGCGACGCCUCGCACCUGGCGCAGCUGUACCGCAUGGCCGCCGCCUACCGCGAAAAGCUGGGCUACAAGGGCCAGCUGCUGGUGCAGCCGCGCCCCGCGGGGCCGCGCCGCCACCAGUACGAGGCUGACGCCGCCGCCACCAUGCACCUGCUGCGCCACUUCGGGCUGGACAAGCAGUACAAGCUGAACAUCCGCCCCGCGUCCGCGCGCAUGCAGGGGCGCGACGCAGACCACGACGUGCAGAUGGCGGCCGCCUACAACAUGCUGGGCUCCGUCGAGGCCGCCGACGCCUUCCCCGCGCCCGACGGCGCCGCCUCAGACCUCUGCUCCUACGACGUGCGCGACGCCACGCUCGUCAUGAAGUGCGUGCUGGAGAUGGGCGGCCUGGGCCAGGGCGGCGUGACGCUGGGCGGACGCCUGCGCCGCGGCUCCGUGGAGCCCAAGGACCUGUUCGAGGGCCACGUGCUGGCCAUGGACACCUUCGCCCGCGCCCUCAGGAACGCCGCCAGACUCAUCUCAGAGGGCGUGUUCUCCCGCAGCCUGCAGCAGCGCUACUCUUCGUACAAGAGCGGGCUGGGUGAGCGCAUCGAGAAGGGCGCGGCCACGCUGGAGGAGUGUGAGGAGUACGUGCGUAAGUGUGGCGAGCCGCAGACCACGUCCGGCAGGCACGAACACUUCCAGGCCGUCUUCAACCACUACGUCUUCCCGCACCGACAGUAGGCAUGCACGCCCCGCACACACCAACACCACCAUACACCAACACCACCAUAACACCACACCACCAUAACACCACCAAACACCAUCACAACACACCACUACCACCAUAACACCACCACACACCACCACACUUCCAGGCUGUGUUCAACCAGCCGCGCCAGUACGGUGCCAACAAACACACACACACACACACACACACACACACACACACACAGACACCAGCUCCUGUUCUUAAAUACUGUGGGUGACACACGCGCCCACGCCCAGCACGUGCGUGGGCGCCUACACACACAACAAAACAACUUGCAUUCGAAAAAAAAAAAUACAGUGAAUUUAUAUAGUGGCAUCUCUCUCUCUCUCUCUCUCUCUCUCUCUCUCUCUCUCUCUCUCUCUCUCUCUCUCUCUCUCUCUCUCUCUCUCUCUCUCUCUGCCACACCACAUCAGCCUUACAGUAUAUUCAGUAUAGCGUAAGUCAGCUGAUUGGUUAAUAUCAGUGGCAUCUCUCUUCUAAUGCUGCUACUCUCUCUAUAUCCACCUCCCUCUCUCUCCCAGCCUCUCCCAGCCUUCAGAGCUUUCUUCCACGUCUCCUCCCCCCCUCAGCAUCAUCAGAGAGUCAGCACUAGGCAGCAAAUGUCUUAAAAAGCAAAAAAAAUAAAGAGAUUUCAAUGUA